AUGAUAGAGGGUAGUGAAGAGGUGAUACCAUUAAAUUUGAGUGUAUCUAACACUCGAAAAGAUAAUGAAAUUGAAAAAUAUUUCGAUUUGACAAAUAAUAUUAAAACGGUAACUCUAAUAAGUCCUUAUGGUAAUGUAGCAUUACAUGUUGCUACUUGUUAUGGAUCUAAUGAAAUUGUUCAAUUACUAAUAACAAAUAGUGCAUUAAAAUCACUCGGAAAUAUUUCAUAUCAAUUCUCAUAUUAUGAUGAAAUAAAAAAAUUAUAUCAACAACAUUCGAAUUUAUUUUCUUCUCAUGAAGAAAUUGAAGAUUAUGAUUAUAUUGAAUGGUCAUCAAUUGGUAGUAAUUUAAUAAAAAGACGUCAAGAGUUUCGUGCACAGAUUGAUUUAUACAAGACUUAUGAUAAUCAACAUCAUUUAAUAACAAAAUUAUUAAUUGAUAUAAUUCAAUAUUAUUUAAAUGAAUAUUUAGUUCAACAAGAACACUUUCCAACAAAUGAAACAAAAAAAAUAGAACUUUUAUUUAGACAAGCUAUUGAAGAACAAAAUUAUUUAAUAUAUUUUAUUAAAGCUUAUACAUCAACUAAUAAUUUUCAUCAUGUUCUUAAUAAACAUCUAGCAUUAUAUAUAUUAGAUUAUUUUGAUAUAUCUUCCUAUUCUUCUUCAGCAACACGAUAUCGUUUAAUUAAUUGUUUAGUACAUAUUGUUACAUUAUUAAUUAAUCAUCCAGAUCUACAUAAAUAUCAAUAUAAAGGUAUUACAUAUCGUGGUUUAUUAAUGAAGGAAAAUGAUUUAAAAGAUUAUAUUAUUGGAAAACAUGUAUUAAAUCGAUCAUUUGUAUCAACAUCAAAAAAUCGUAAAACUGCUCAAGUAUUUGCUGAUAAUAGUCAACAAACUUUAACUCAAGUAUCUGUUUUAUUAAAAUAUACAAUUAAAUUAAAUCAAACAGCUAUUGAUAUUGAAGACAUAUCAACGAUACAAGAUGAAGAAGAAGUGUUAGUAUUACCAUUUUCAGUAUUUAAAAUUAAAAAUAGAUUUGAAAAUCGUCCAGAAAUGUGUUCACCAAUGUUAAUUGAAAUUGAUUUAGAAGAAUGUGAAGAUAAUGAACAAAUAAAUCAUGAAAACAAGAACAGUGAGUAA